UGCCAGUUGUGAAGUGCAACAUGAUUGAAUCAGUGGCUGAUGGGUUUCACUCUGAACCGCUUGUUAUGGCUCAACAUGAUUUCAGUUUAAUUGAGUUUUUCGGGCCGUUCCAACGCGUUCUAAUUGAGCAGACCCAAUGAGGAGCUGGAUUUGUUGUAAACAACCCAUAUCCCUGGGGAUCAGUGCUCUGUGUGUCCACUCCCCUUCAAUGUGUGAAUGUAGCCUGAAUGGCCUCCUAUCUGCUGCACGGGCUUCAUGAAAGGGUUGUCGCACAGUUGUCUGUCAAAUGAGCCCCCCCUGACUACUACCACCAAUCUCCUUCCAUAACAGUCAGAGUUUAGAUGUCAGCAGUGGACUUUCCCAGAGAGCAGUCUGGCCUGCACACAAGUGUACACAGCCUUUUCAGUGUGUCUGCCUAAAUGCGUGUGUGUGUGUGUCUGUCUGCUAAUUGAUCUGCUAGUCCAGCUUCAGGACGUGGACGUCAAUGUGGAGAAAUUGCUGAAGCCUGUCGGUCACAUAAUUUUGAAGUAUAGUUCUUCACCAGGUGUGUUUGGAGCCAGGUGUGACAGCUGAGACCUAGGCGCCUUUGACCAAUUGCUUGACCUAUGUCUGCCCUGUGGUCUUUUGUGACCUAGUUUCAAACCGACUCUAAGCCACUCCAAAUUGAUCUGCUAGGUCAACAUCUGUUAGCAAUAUGGCAGACGAUAUGAUACCUAUCCUGCCCUCAUGGGUUUUGACGGAGUCAGUGCCGACAGUAGGUUCUAGGAGUUCAUGUUUGUAUGUUGAAAGUAACUUGUUUGUGUACAGUAUAAUGCAGUUGUCAUGGAGAGGAAUGAGUGUUCAGGGCCUCUCUGUAGAGUCAAGUUGAAGCAGGACGUCCAUGGAUGUUUGUGUCAGAGUGUGGGGCUUUGGAGCCACGAGUAGAGAAAUGAGACGGGCCUCCAUUACAUAAGGCCUUUAGUUCUAUAGCCCUGAAUGGUGCUCUCUGUCAAGGCCAAGCUCUCACACUGAACUGUGUGUAAGGUUUGUGAACAAAUGGGUUUUUUAUUGACUCAAAGUUGUACAUCAGAAUUCCAGUUUAGUGAUGUAGUGUAACAGUGGCAUUGGUUGCUUUCUUAAACCGCUGUGCAAGUCGAGAGCAUCCAGAGGAUGUCCGUAAUGUCACGCUUGGGGUUAAUAUUUGAAAUGGUUGUGCUUCCCUAUGAUUGUGUGUUCAGUGUACCAACUCACAUGUCCAGACAGAAGGUAGCUGACCUGCCCUCUGGGGAGUACAGUACACUGACAGAUGGAGCUGCUGGGAGGGAGAGAGCAGGAGUGGGGAAACGACUGAGAUGAGAGGGAUAUUAUGGACAUGGACAACAGAAAUGCCCCUGAAGAUAAACCUGUCCAGCGCUCCAAAUCCUUCAGCUUCAAGACACCAAGGGAGGUGUGCUCGUCAUGUGAGAAGACCGUCUACCCCAUGGAGAGAUUGGUGGCUAACAACCUGAUAUUCCACUCGGCCUGUUUCUGCUGCAAACACUGCAACACCAAACUCAGCCUGGGCACAUUUGCUGCCCUUUCGGGGGAUUUCUACUGCAAGCCGCACUUCCAGCAGCUCUUCAAGAGCAAAGGCAACUAUGAUGAGGGCUUUGGCCGCAAGCAGCACAAGGAGCUUUGGACCUCCAAGGAGGGAGAGAACAUAACUAAGACUGCGUAGCCACGCCUGUCUGUGUCCCAACCGUUCUCCCACGGGAAAGGCUAUACGGACACUCCUGACCUGCAAACCGACUUUUAUUUUCAGAAUUGGUAACGGUCAGGGUUAGUUUUAGAUUUUGGUUGUUUUGCAGGUCAGCAGUAUCCUACUGGCAUUUCCCAUCUCAUCCCCAAAGCUGCCUCUUCUCCACCUCCAACAUGUCAUAAAGAGCACCAACGUGUCAUGAGGGGUGCAGUCAACGCUCCUGAGCGCUCGCUCCACAUGGAAGACACACACCCACUAUGACUGGCCGGUCACGCUCCCUAUUGCUCGGCAUUUUAUUUAGUGGGGUGCUUAUUCCUUUAAUUUGGUUAUAGUAUCAUUUUUAUUUUACAUUUGCUCUUUUGAAAUUGUUGAUUGUGACCAAACUGCUUAUUCACAAACCAGUGGUAUGUUUUUGCUGUCUUUUUGAGGACUACAUAUCAUUGUUUUCUUGUUUAUUUUUCGGAUAAAUUUGCACCCUUUUGACGCAACAGGCGCAAGGGACCGUAUGCUCAUGUGAACAUAUGGUUAGAGAAGCUGGAGUUCACCCUCAGCUGUAGAGCAUACUCAGGUCAACCAUACUGAGCUAGGUUCAUUAGCAAGUUUGUAUUUUAUGACCUCCUUUUCAGUUUCAUAUCGUCAAUUAAAUCUAACACCAAUUUUAAAGACCAGUCCUCUGCAUUGCGGUAGCACCGGCGGAAGCCAAUUUGUGAGUUUGUCAGGGUUCACUUAUCUGAGAAACAAACAUGGUACUGUAAAACUGUCACACGUUCUCUCUCUGGGUACAUUUAGUUGAAUUCUGUCUUAUUGUUCAAAUGUUUGUUUUUUUGCUCCUAUGAUCUGAAUGGCUGCAAGGUUUCAGUUCUGCAUGUUUGUCCUGUAUGAGUCUUAGCUGUACCUUUAGUCUGUACUGCCCUCCUGUGUUCUGGGUGAUUUAAAACUAAUCUGCUUCAUUGACUCUUAAUCUCACUUUACUGGUUUUAAAAUGCACUCUUUGCUCUGUUAUUUGCUGGGUUUGACGGUCAUGCGAUAAGUUGCUCUUUACUAGUAGAGGCUUUUUCGUCUUUAUUCUGAAUAUGAGAAGUAUCUCAUAGGUGUUUGUACAUAGCUUGUGCUUAGUGAACAUAUCGCACUAUACUGUGCACAUAUGACCAUGCAUGUUAACCAGACAAGUCAAUAUUAGAUUGACAGGGAACAUAGCCUAACCGGAAACCACAACUGUCACGCUAAUAUCCCCUGCUGCUUCCUGUCCAUGCAGAACUGCCUGUUCAUGUACUAAAUUGGGCUAAGUUGGUGUGUAAACCUAAGCGGGACUUUCAGAUCUUUCAAGACAACUGUGAACUCUGGUGGGGGGAACGAUGUCAAAAUCCUGAUGUCUGUGAUCUGCCAAUUGGGAAAGUCAGCUCUAGAAAGAGGCCAGAGUUUCUGACGCAGAAUUACGAGUUGGAUGACCUUUUAAAACAAACAACAACAAAAAAACAUUUUAUUUUUGAGUUCCCUGUUGUCUUGAAUGCUCGAAAGUCUGAGAAUUCAGUGUUCUGAAUGUGGUAGAAAUUCACAUAUGACUGGGAUGUCCUGACGAGGCCACAAGUGAAAUCACAUAAUGUAAAAAAAAAUAUAUAUAUUAUCGUGCUUCUCCAGUGACAUCAUCUGCAAACAUAAAUAUAUUUUAUUAUUUUUAUAAAUGCCUCAUGGCUUUCUUGUCUCGACUGCAUCACGUGAUUCUGAGUAGAGGUGGUGGAUUUGUGAAGAUGGUUCACCAUUGGGGGAAAAAAUUGUCAGUUUCAGUCUGCCGAACAUUGACACCAAUGUGAUCGAUAGCAGCUGGGUCUGGUCUACUUUAUUGACUAAUGUCACCAGAAAGAAUGAGGGAGUGGGAUGUCUCGCUGCUGCGCCAUCUCUGAUUUUGAGCACCAGGACCUUUUAAUUUUUUUUUAUAUAUUUCACCUUUAUUUAACCAGGUAGGCUAGUUGAGAACAAGUUCUCAUUUGCAACCUAGUACUAUGUGAGGGGUGGGCGCUAACAGGGAAUGUUGUUUGAACUGAGGCAUGUUCAGGGGAAUUCCUACACAGUGAGUAAAGCCCAGGCCUACAGUGCUCUGAACCUCAGAGUAGCUCCUCCUGGUGGGAGAAGAGAGGUCGGAAAUGCAUGAGUCAGUUCAGCCAGUCCCAGUAAAGGCUUGAGAUAUUACUUAUCACACAAUUGUCAAUAAACACGUUUGCCCCCAGUAAUUUCUUCUGGAUAGCUUUUACUCAUUUUUUUAAGACGUGGGAGGGGCCUUGGGAUGAAACGGUUGUGCUACAGGUAUUUUUUGGAAUGUUCUAAAGCGACACCUGCUUUGGCCAACAAACUCAAUAGAUAAGCUUUUUUAUUUUCUUCAUUCUAGCUUUAGAAUGAAACUAAAGCCAUUGAAUUACUUCAUUUGGGAAGUAUUCAAUGCCACAACACUUGAAUGACACAAUGUAUUUUGUGAUGGAAAGUUUACUGUGAAUUAUAAACUGGGUGGGUCGAAUGCUGAUUGGCUGAAAGCCGUGUUAUAUCAGACCGCAUACCACUGGUAUGACAAAUCAUUUAUUUUUCCUAAUCUAAUAAUAUUGGUAACCAGUGUAUAAUAGCAAUGAGGCACCUUGGGGGUUUAUGCUAUGUUGUGAAUAUACCAAACCUCCUCUGGCUUCAUUGCUUAAUUAGAGCAUGCUGUGCAGAAUAGGAAAUAAAAUGUUACUUUUUGAUAAGUAAAUCCUUAGAAAUAAAUGGCAACUAUUGCCUAACAUUUAAUGCUUUUUCAAAACAAUUUUUUGUUUUUGAGUGCACAUACCUUUCUCCCUGUUCCAGCCUAUUCUCCUGUGAAUGAAAAUAAUCCUUCUGCUUGUUUUCCAUUUAGUCCCUGUGGUGAAUAUGAGUGGCUUCACUCAGCCAGAAGUUUACUCACCCGCUCAUCCUCCACUCUCCUGAAUGCUUUUCAUUUGUUCAGUACAUUUCCUCAAGUUGUAAAGUUAUCGAUUUGUUAAAAUUUUGUAACGGUUCUCGAGACCACCCAGAAUGCUUUGUAACCAAGAACAUCAUAUCAAAUAACACUGUGUCCAUAUCGUCUUAUGUGUGAGGAGUGUGCCAAGGUACAAUGGCGUUAUCCUGUGAAUAAACUUUCUUUGUAUAGAGAAACAAACAACAAGAAAGUAGGUACACUUUUCCAUACUGGUACCAGGAGGCUCAGGUCUAUGAGAGCUGUGUGACUGUCUGUGUUCUGCGAGUCAUGUAGUUGUGUGCAAAAUUGGAUGUAGACUUAACAUUUAUUUUUCAAUGCAGGUGUCACUGUUGUCUAAAUGUAUGCAUUUAAAAACAAAAACACUCUGUAUAACUUGACCUGUGGAUGAUGGCCUUACAAGCUAAAGGACGUUUUGGCUCUUACUCGUCUUUCACCUCUCCUCUCCUUCUUUUGGAUUAUUACUCCAGUUAAAUUGUGUUGUAGAAGAACAUGAUUAUAAAUAAUGUGAUUUGUUCCCCCCCACCCACACAUACACACAAUCAAAUGUAUUUUGUUUGAUCAUUUUCUUUCAGUAGUUUUACAUUUUUACAUGCUUUUGGAAAAAUAAAUGAAUAUGCUGGUGAUAAGUGA